AUGAAUGCCAAGCAGAUGCGAUCGUCUCAAAUCAGAAUCAAGCUGCUUGGUACGGUGCCAAACUGCUGUCUUUAUGUCGUCGGGAAGCAUGGGCAAUUCAUAUUUACCGGAAGCAUCGACCGACAGAUCCAGUGGAGCGUAUGUGAUGAAACUGAAUACACCAAUGUAUGCCAGCGUGUCAACAAAAUCCUGGAAAGUAAAGCCAGCUUCCGAAGAUUCGCUGUGUUUGGCAAUACCUGCAAGAUAAUCAUCACUGAGGAAAAUGUGGUGCAGAUCCGUCCGAGUGGCAAAGGUUCGGAUAUUGCUGUAAUGUUUAGCGAGAUCAUCAUUUGCGGACAUAAUUUUGCAGGCGCUUCUGUGGUUGGGACAAAAGCGGAUAAAGGGAUCACCAAGAUGGGUUAUCUUGCCGGUGCUAAGAACUACUGGCAUCGAUCUGAUCACCUCUAUAUCCUUAGGGCCCAACAAUGA